CGAUAGGUCGAUAGUUAACCAAAAGUUCCAUCUCUAGCUGCGUGCUCUUUAUUUUCGAGGUAGAGCGAAAAAAAUAUAAACAAAUGAAAAUUAACCACAAAUAUGAAUUUGACGACGAUGUGGCCUCGAUUUGCGAGUCAACGGCCGCCCUCACCGAAGGAUGUCGUCUUCCCGUCAGGAUGCAUAAAACGGACGACUGGCCGCUGGCGGAGAUUGUCAGCAUCAAGGAGCUGGAUGGACGACGCCAGUUCUACGUGCACUAUGUAGACUUUAACAAGCGCCUGGAUGAGUGGGUUAACGAGGAGGAUUUGUACACACGAAAAGUGCAAUUUCCACGACGAGAUGGCUCCCAAACAGGCACCAGUACCGGUGUGACCACUCCGCAGCGUCACCAUUCGCUGGCAGGCAGCGUUUCCAGACCCACAUCACCACAGCACUCUGGUUCCGGCAGCCUGACAGCCAUCCAAUCGACCCCCAGUGGCCCAACAAGCAGUGCGCCUCCUCCCGCGGGUUUGCCCGGCUUAGUGGCUCCUCCCGGGACGCCAAGCAGUGCCGGGGAGCUCGUAAAUGGCAACAACCUAGCAGCCGCACUUCAAAAACGCAUCAAUCGCAAGCGGAAAGUGCACGGAGGGUCGGCCCAUGGGCACCACAGCCUGCAAGUGCCACAGCAGCAGUCACAUACCCAUCCUGCCACGCCACAAACGCCCUCGGCGACGCCUGUGCACGUGACCGGUGACGGUUUGAUAAGCGGGGCGGCUAACGAGGAUGGAGAUGGAUCACAGGACGGCAAGACGCCCACUCCAAGGCAGUCCGGCAGUAUGGUUACGCACCAGGACGAUGUUGUGACGCGCAUGAAGAACGUGGAGAUGAUCGAGCUGGGGCGACAUCGCAUUAAACCCUGGUAUUUCUCACCCUAUCCGCAGGAACUCUGCCAGAUGCCCUGCAUCUACAUUUGUGAAUUCUGCCUGAAGUACAGGAAAAGCAGGAAGUGCCUGGAGAGGCACCUGUCCAAAUGCAAUCUAAGGCACCCGCCAGGGAACGAGAUCUACCGCAAGCACACAAUUUCCUUUUUUGAAAUCGAUGGACGAAAGAACAAGGUUUAUGCGCAGAACCUCUGCCUGCUGGCUAAACUUUUUCUGGACCACAAAACACUCUAUUAUGACACGGACCCGUUCCUGUUCUACGUUAUGACCGAGUUCGACUCGCGCGGUUUUCACAUUGUGGGCUACUUCUCAAAGGAGAAGGAAAGCACAGAGGAUUACAACGUGGCCUGCAUUCUUACAAUGCCUCCGUAUCAGCGAAAGGGAUACGGCAAGCUGCUUAUCGAGUUCAGCUAUGAACUGUCCAAGUUCGAAGGGAAGACGGGCUCGCCGGAGAAGCCCUUAUCGGAUCUGGGCCUUCUGUCCUACCGAUCAUACUGGGCGCAAACCAUAUUGGAGAUUUUCAUUAGCCAGAACCCGAGCACAGAUGGCGAGAAGCCCACCAUUACAAUAAACGACAUCUGCGAAUGCACUUCGAUCAAGAAGGAGGACGUGAUCUCCACGCUGCAAAAUCUGAACCUGAUCAAUUACUACAAGGGCCAGUACAUCGUGUGUAUCAACCGGGACACCAUCGAGCAACAUCGGCGAGCGAUGGACAAGCGCAAGAUCCGCAUCGACUCCAAGUGCCUCCACUGGACGGCCAAGGACUGGUCCAAGCGCUCAAAGUGAUUGCCUUUUUAUUGAUUCUCAUUGGAUGGAACUGGAAUGCUUGUAAAUCGAAGUUUUUCAGCCGCAAUAAUUGGCUUUUAUUGUUAUAAAUAAACUAGUUUAUAUCGCGAAUAUAAAUAUGCUUUGAAUCCACCGAA